CUUGACACUGACCGGGGAUGAACCGUCUCCGUCCCUCGCGGUAAUUAAAGAUGGAAUCACCGGAAAACCUGUCCGAACAGGUAGUCGGCGUGGAGCGGGAUGCUCCACCGACCCCCGUGGACGUGGACACCGCAGUGCUGCUGCUGGGAGCGGGAGUAACAGCCAUCACGCACCCUCUGCUGUAUGUGAAGCUGCUGAUACAGGUGGGCCAUGAACCUCUCCCACCAACUGUGGGCACAACCAUGUUUGGACGAAGAGUCUUGUACCUGCCCGGCUUCUUCUCCUACGCACAGUACAUCGUGAAAGUGGAUGGAAAGAGAGGACUGUUUCGCGGCCUCUCGCCUCGCAUCGUGUCCAGCGCCAUCUCCACCGUGGUCAGGAGCAAAGUUAAACAGCAGGUGGAGCUUCUUUCCAAGAGAGACGACGUGCAGACUUCACUCAGGAAAGUGGUCCAAGAGACGUCACAUGAGAUGAUCAUCCAGUGUCUGUCCAGAGUGGCCACCCAUCCUUUUCAUGUGAUGUCAGUGCGGUGUAUGGCCCAGUUUGUCGGCAGAGAGGCCUCGUACAGCGGGAUGUUCAGUUGUAUCGCCAAGAUUUUUAAGGAGGAAGGAGUUGCUGGAUUCUACGUUGGUCUCGUACCCCACGUGGUGGGAGAGGUUCUCUUCCUGUGGUGUUGUAACCUCCUGGCUCACUUUAUUAACACCUACGCUGUCGACGAAAGUUUCAGUCAGGCGUCAGCUGUAAGAAGCUACACUAAGUUUGUGAUGGGGAUUGCAGUGAGUGUUCUAACAUAUCCUUUCAUGCUGGUGGCUGAUCUUAUGGCGGUCAACAACUGUGGCCUGGCUGCAGGUCUUCCUCCCCACUCUCCCGUCUUUAAGUCCUGGCUGCAUUGCUGGAAUCACCUGAGCCACAAGGGCCACCUCUUCAGAGGAUCCAGCUUCUUUUUCCGCCGGGUGCCUGUGAUCUCCCCGCCCUCCAUCGAGGACUGACGUCACCAUCGCCUGCUGGGACGUUCUUCCUCCUCUGGCUCACAAGCUUUCUCCAAAGACGUGGCCUCCACCCCCUCCCUGCCUGUCGGACUUCUCUGCUGUCAUCCAGGUGUAGCGGGAGCAGCAGACGCACUGCGAAGUGUGAGCUUGAACUUUUCUUUACAGGAGCUUAAGUUCAGUUGGUGGGGUGAGGAUGAAGGUGGUCCUCCUCACAGCCGGCUGGAUAAAUCCAUCAGUUUGAAUCAGUUCAGAAACUCUGGUGCAGUGUUUUGUCCUUCACUGCAGUGUCCAAACGUUACUUCAAACCGAACCAAGAGAAAUAUCCUGAUCUCUAAGUGGAAACAUCUCAAACUGAUGGUCAUAACACAUAUUCCAAUAGUGUCGUUCAUUUUUCUGUUUCUGUGUGGAGGUACAAGCAGUUCACUACGAAUCACCUGCACUUAAUGACAGUGAAGCAUUUUGCAGAACGUGGACGUGGAAGACAUUUUAAAAAUCACCUGUGAACUCUUUAAACUCGGUUGAGAUGUAUAAUCCAUCAGAGCGAGCGUCAAGUCUGAACUGAUGUUUGUCAACGUGACUUUAUUGCUGGGUGACACGGUGCAGUUUUUUAUUAAUCAGCACUUUAACUGCUUCACUGUGCAGAAAUCAUGUCCCGGAGACAAAAGCCAGCACAGGCUUGAUGUUCACUGGGUUGGACACGUGAAACAAGUCUCACGAGUCCAACACUUUCACCACAUCAGAAAUGAAUGGAAACAAAUCAAAAAUGUGUAGUUAAGGAGCUAAAAUGUGCGUAGAACAAUACACUGGUAUUGUCUUUUAAAGCGAGACUCUAACUCUGGCUGAGCGGUGGCCGCUGUUGCCACCGACGCUAAUUAAACAAUGACAAAACGCUGAAUAUGCUCACUUUUCAGUCAGUUGCUGUAAGGACAUCAAUGGCAGGCGAGCCGACCGAGACCUCACAGUUAAAUGAUCAAGUCCCACUUGGUAAAAUCAUCCUCAUUAUUUUAUGAUCUUUCUUGAAGAAAAAAAUAGCGAUCCAACUGAAUUACCUAAAAGUAACUAACGAAAGCUUUGAUUGGUUACUGUGCUGUUCAAGAUUAGCAUGUUGUCAUUGGUGAUUGUGUGUUCGUCUACUAACCGACUGACACUGUUGUCAGCUGCUGCGACAGGCUAACUCCACCUGCCUUCACCUACAGUCACUCAGGCUGUCUCUCUUUAGCUCAUCAGUGUUUCUUUCACACCCAGCUCACUGCAAGAAGCACAAACAGGUUGUUACCUAACAAGCAGCAUGAUACCAAUAUCACUUUAAGUCCUGAAUGGAGAAACUCUCACACCUCACAGAGCAGGGACCCCAGACCUGAGAUCUGUAGUUGGACCCUCAUAGGACUGAGACCACAAAGCAGGAAACCUCCUAACUUUCUUCAACUACUCUAACAUUUUGAAGUGGACAGCUGAGCAAUAUCAACUUACAAAAGUCACACAGUCUGGCUUUUAACUGUCCUUUAAAGUACUGACUGGGCACCAGUAGCUCACUGGUGGAGUGCGUCCCAUGUAGAAAGUCCUUCCAGCAGCUUGGCUUCCCUUCCAGCCCGAGACCUCCGCUGCAUGUCAUCCCGCUCCCUCCCUGCUUCUCCUGUUCAGCUGCCACUGUCUAAAUAAUGAAGCAGAAAUACAGUAAUAAUAAUUAUCACCUCACCCUGUUAUUUUCACUAAUUACCCUGUCACCCACACCACUGACUGUGCUCCGUUUACCAGUAGGUGUCAUUGAUAUGAAGCCAGUUUGGACUCUGUAGGACGCAUCGCACCUGAAGACUUUGCUGUGUCUUUGCUGUUGAAAAUCCUGCCUGUGUUUCUGUUUCUGGAAACAUCGACAUGCGGUUUUUGCUGAGACUAACAAAAAGUAUUUUUUUUAUUUAAAGAGAAUGAUUUAAACGACGUGAAGGCGUGGGGGGAAAACUAUAUAAUGAAUAUAGAAAUGCAUACAGUAAUGCAUGCCAAAUCUCAAGGCUACCAUGUAAAAUCUCUCACAUGUAGGAAAUAUGUAUAUGUAGGAAUGAAGUGUGUAAAUGUAGUCUGUGUCUUGAAUUUUAACUUUAUACUCUGAAGUUUUAAGAAUUUUCAUUUUGCUUGUGUUUCUUUUUUAUAUUUUCAAUCUGUGUCACAUUUAAAUCCCUCCCCAGAGGACUGAUUAAAAGCCAUACGUGCGUCACCUGAACCGAAAGCCUCCCACGCUCGCUCGUGUGAAUGACGAAUGAAUGAUGUAUGAAUGAUACAGUGAUACUCAUGUUUUGACUCCAGUGAAGUUCCAUCUGACAGGCUGUCAUUUGUGUUUUUAUUCAUCUAUCUGUGUUGUGGCUGUUUCACUUGUUCAUUCCUCCCGCAGACAAAAUCAAUGUUUGCUGCUCACCGAUGUGCAGUUCAUGGUCAAAAUCUGGGCACUGCUUUCGAAUAAGGCAUCUUUAUAAGGGCUUUCUAAGCUUUAUAUAUAUAAAUAAA